CCCGGUGAUUCAAGUCGUCAAUUGUUUGGGUAAUAUAAGCUGCUGCUCCUGUAGAUGUCAGCAGUUCGUGCAGAUGUGCCCCAGGAUGCUCAGGUCUUGUGUAUUCUUGGUCCUGCUGCUGGGUGUGCUGACGAGAGGUGAUGAUGGAGCUACCAACAGUAUCGUCCCCAAUGUUUCACCGCAAAGCCCAACCCGACUCCAACCUGCGAUGUCCCUUAUGAUGGACCUCCCUGAAUCCCCAAGGAAUGGCCUCGGAGAGUCCCGUGGGAUUGUCCAGGAUACCCAGGAGUCUCCUGCAGCUCCUAUGCCCGCUAUUGAGAUUCCUGUUUCCAACGGACCAGAAGAAGCCGUCAUGGGCCUAGCAUCAGGAGAUAAUUUGGUGGAGAUGACCGAAGAGAUGCAAGGCAGUCCUCGGGAAGUUCCUCUAAGCGAACAAAAAUUGGCGCGGAGGAAAAGGACAUUCUCCAAACAUAAAGGCUGCAUGAUUUGUGGAAUGAUGCCUAAGAUUCUCAUGAAGCAUCCAAUGUACGCUCCUCCUCAGCCCUGCUACUCGUGUCAGCAGCAGCCGAUGUAUCAUCCACCGCCUCCACCACCACCUCCCCGUCCUGUGUGCGACCCUUGCCAGCAGCAGCAGCACUACCAGCCACCCCCGCCACCGCCCCCACAACACUACAGCCCCUGUGGAGGCGGCGGAUGUGGCGGCUCACCCAUGGGUGGCAGCUGGUCCAGCAGCCAGAGCAGCGCUCAGUCUAGCUCUAGCGCUGGAUCUUGGGGGAAGAAGAAGUAGAGAUGUCUGAUAAUCGAUUUCGCUGCCAUACUGCCUUGCUCGUCGGCACUGAGUUAACAUGGACGAUAACAACUGCAUUAGAACUAGAUUAUAUGUCUGUAUAUAAUUUUUUUAUAAAA